AAUUUGCUUCUUCCUCGUUUUUGAUAUUUCCUGGCAAUGGCAUCUUCAAGAGUGUUAGGCAGGUUCUCGUCUCGAUUAAAGCCACUAUGUCAAAAUCUCAGCAACAAGAAUGCUAAUGUUUCAUCACUCCCCUCUCCCAUCAAAUCUGCUUCACCUUCCUCAGCAACUACUUGUCGUCUCAAUCGAUCUUCAAGAUUACCAGUGGAGUUGAGCUCGAUGAUACCUCUACAUAGUGCUAUAGCAUCGUCUAGGCUAGUCUCAAGUUUGUCCAUUGAAUCCAAAAUCUGGGCAUUAGUUCCUCAAGGUCUUUCAUUGCCUUUAUGACAGUUUUCUCUUCUCAUCUUACAACAAGUUUCCAGGACGAUAGAGACAUAAACGAAAACUCGGAUUGUAUCGUUCUUAUAAGCUUUUAUUCACAUCCAAAGGUCCUGUAGUUUAGAUUCUAUUAUCUUGUGGUUUUGAGUUAAUCAGAAACUGAGUAAUCAAUGUAAUGUUGCAGG